GGUUUUAUGAAUCAUAGAGCAUGGAGAGUAGAUGGGUUUUGUCAGCCACAAUAUUCUUCAUAUAUUUUGUCAUUAUGAUGAAUUGGAGCACCUACAUCUAUCGGUUCAAAGCAACAAGCACCAAUAAUUUUUCCAAAAAAACAAUCACAACCUUCAGAAGGAAACAAACUCAAUUCCCUUUGAACUGCUUCAAUGGAAACAUGACAUUAACCUGUCCAAAGGAUUAUUACCCUACAAGGUUUGAGCAAUAUCAAGACUCAUCAACAGAAUCAACAUGUCCAGAGUACUUCAAAUGGAUCCAUGAAGAUCUAAAACCAUGGAAGAGAACAGGAAUCACUAGGGAGAUGGUGGAGAGGGGGCAAAAUGUUUCACACUUUAGGCUUGUGAUAAUACAAGGAAAAGCUUAUGCAGAAAAGUAUGCAUAUUCUUAUCAGACUAGGGAUGUGUUCACAAUAUGGGGAAUUCUACAACUUCUAAGGUUGUACCCUGGAAAUAUACCUGAUUUGGAGCUGUUGUUUGAGACCGGGGAUAGAACUGUGGUGGAGAAACAAAAUUUCCAAGAAUCACCACCACCACCUAUUUUUCAUUAUUGUGGCCAGAAAAAUGCUUAUGACAUUGUCUUUCCUGAUUGGAGCUUCUGGGGUUGGGCUGAGCUUGCAAUAAGACCAUGGGAGGCAUUGCUGCAGAGCAUAGAAGAAGGCAACAAGAAGAUCAAAUGGAAGGAUAGGUUACCCUAUGCUUUUUGGAAGGGCAACACAAUGGUGUCCUACAAAAGGUAUGAUCUCACCAAGUGCAACGCUUCAGACCAACAUCACUCGUAUGCUCACAUAUAUCCUCUGAGCUGGGAUAAGGAGAUUGAAAGAGGGUUCAAGAACACAAAGCUAGAACACCAAUGUGUCCACAGGUACAAGAUUUAUGUGGAAGGAGUAGCAUGGUCUGUGAGUGAAAAGUAUAUAUUAGCUUGUGACUCCAUGACCUUGUUCAUAGAGCCUAUAUUUUAUGAUUUCUUUACAAGAAGCUUGGUACCUAGGAAGCACUAUUGGCCCAUCAGCAACACCAACCAAAGCAUGUGCAAUGAUAUUAAGUAUGCUGUUGACUGGGGUAAUGCCAAUCCAGACAAGGCAGAAGCAAUUGGAAAAGCAGGGACAAGCUUCAUUGAAGAGAACCUAAAAAUGAAGUUUGUGUAUGAUUACAUGUUUCAUUUACUGAAUGAAUAUGCAAGGCUUCUGAGAUUUGAACCAACCAUACCUGCAGGAGCUGUUGAGAUUUGUUCUGAGAAUUUUGCCUGUCCCUUGAAUGGUAUAUGGAGGGAGUAUAUGGUUGAGUCCAUGGUCAAGUCUCCAAGUGAUACACCUCCAUGUACAAUGGCUUCACCUUAUGGUGAAAAUGAGGGUGAGGAAAAAUAAGCUAUGGAAGAAUGGUAAUUUAGAUAAAUGGGAAAUAUUUUAUCAUUUUUUUUGUUGUAAAAUAACAUUAUUAUAUAUACAUGUAGCCAAUC